AGAAAUCGAGUUUCACAAGCAACAUUAACAAUAGUAUAAAAACGAUGCCGUCCUGGCCAUCCUAGAACGAACCUAUGAAUCAUUCACAUGGCACAAUAAAUUCCCAGGGCAUCACUUAGAAACCAAUUCGCAAAAGUUUCACCGAGCUGAAGACGAACUCCUUUCCAAAAGCUGCCCAAAAGCUAAACAGGGGACGUGUCUUCAAACCCAAUCAUGAGCAAUAAGAACACGAGCAAGGACACUUCUUGUUCUUUGCCUCACCUUCUUCUAGUCCUCGCGAUCUUGCUGCUAUCUUUUACUUCUGCAACUUCCGUUAAUGUCCAACAAAAGAGGGACAAGAUCGUGAAGUUGCCGGGACAGCCAGGGAAUGUGACCUUCUCUCAGUACUCCGGCUAUGUCACGGUUGACCCCAGUGCAGGGAGGGCUCUGUUUUACUGGUUGAUGGAGGUGCCGCGCAGUCUUGGCCCAGCAUCGAAGCCACUGGUCCUGUGGCUGAAUGGCGGGCCUGGCUGCUCCUCGGUGGCGUACGGCGCGUCAGAGGAGGUGGGGCCGUUUCGUGUGAGGCCUAACGGCAAGACUCUGUACCUCAACCCCUAUGCUUGGAACGCAGAGGCAAACUUGCUCUUCCUGGACUCUCCUGCUGGUGUGGGGUUUUCUUACUCCAACACGUCCUCUGAUGUGUACAACCCUGGUGACAAGAGAACAGCUCAAGAUGCCUUCACAUUCCUGAUGAAUUGGCUUGAGAGGUUCCCUCAAUACAAGCAUAGGCCUUUCUACAUUGCCGGGGAAAGCUAUGCAGGUCAUUACAUUCCUGAGCUGUCUUUGGUCAUUGCACGGCACAACAACGGGACAAGGAACCCAGUUCUUAACUUCAAAGGCUUCAUGGUGGGAAAUGCUCUUUUCGAUGAUUUUUAUGAUACCAUCGGCACGUACGAGUUUUGGUGGAACCAUGGAUUGAUAUCGGACUCCACGUACGCGGCCUUGAAUGAAUCUUGCCCGUACGAUUCGUUCCUCUUCCCUCAUGACAAGUGUAACGCGGCGCUUGUCCGCGCUACUACCGAGUUCGGGGAUAUCGACCCUUACAGCAUUUAUAGCAGCCCUUGCCCAGCAACAGGCACGCUGAAGCACAGGGCGGACCAAUCCUUGCCAUGGAAGUUCGGAGGGAACGACGAGUGCAUAGUGAUGUACACGAAGAAGUACAUGAACCGACGAAGCGUCCAAAGGGCUCUCCACGCCAACGUCACUCGCAUCCCUCAUCCUUGGGUCACUUGCAGGUCUCGCUCCCUCGAAACUCGUUGUGGCAUUUCCUCAAACGCUUGGGUGACCCCUGAUUCCACCCAUUGUUUUGUUCCUCUCUGCAGCUCUGUGGUACGGGGAAAGUGGACAGAUUCUCCGAAAUCGAUGCUUCCCAUCUACAAACAGCUCAUAGCCGCGGGUCUUCGGAUCUGGGUCUACAGUGGCGACACCGACGCCGUGCUGCCGCUAUCUGCGACCCGGUACUCCAUCAAAGCUCUGGGGCUCAAGACCAACACCAGUUGGUACGCUUGGUACGAUGAUCGCCAGCAGGUUGGUGGAUGGAGCCAGAAAUACGAGGGCCUGACUUACGCGACGGUGAGAGGCGCGGGACACGAGGUCCCCUUGGGCCAGCCCAGGCUCGCCCUCUUCUUGUUCCGGCAUUUCUUGAGCGACCAGUCCUUGCCUGGCUCUCUUUCUAGUUCCUAGUCCCCCCCCUCCUCCCAUUUGUACAUUCACUUCAUUUUCGCAUCUUCCUUCUUAAUUGGCCCCUGAAUUUUUGGCAAUUUUUUUUUGCUAUUUUCUUUUUGGCUUUUGAUUACGAUGUCGUUGAAUAAGAGGCUCUCCACAAAUAAAUCGAGACGAGAAAAGGAUGCGAAUGCCGCGCCCUGCUGCUUUCUCCGUUCGCAGUUUGGUUUCUUCGUUAUUUCUCUGUGUUCUUCUC